AUGUCUGCCGCUCAGUUACUUAAUCCCAAGGCCGAAUCUCGGCGGCGGGGUGAAGCUCUUCGAGUCAACAUCAGCGCAGGUGAAGGUCUGCAAGAGGUUCUCAAGUCAAACUUGGGCCCUCUAGGAACUAUUAAGAUGCUUGUGGAUGGUGCUGGACAGAUCAAACUAACAAAGGAUGGAAACGUCCUACUUAGAGAGAUGCAAAUACAGAACCCCACCGCAGUCAUGAUCGCCCGAGCCGCGACGGCGCAAGACGAUAUUUGCGGAGACGGAACGACAUCAGUAGUGUUGCUAGUGGGUGAGCUUCUAAAGCAGGCAGACAGAUAUAUCGCCGAAGGGUUACACCCCCGAAUCAUAACAGAAGGUUUCGAGAUCGCAAAGAACGAAUCCUUAAAGUUUCUGGAUUCCUUUAAACUCCCUAAAGAAGUCGACAGGGAGCUUCUCCUUUCCGUCGCUCGGACAUCGCUAUCUACCAAACUCAAUGCGAGCCUUGCCAAGAAGCUGACCCCAGAUAUCGUUGACGCCGUCCUUGCCAUCUACCAACCUCCCGAGAAGCCUGAUUUACAUAUGGUCGAAAUCAUGAAGAUGCAACACCGCACCGCUUCAGACACCCAGCUCAUCCGUGGGUUGGCCUUGGACCACGGGGCGAGGCAUCCCGACAUGCCUAAGAGGGUAGAAAACGCGUUCAUCCUAACCAUGAACGUCAGUUUGGAGUAUGAAAAAUCGGAAAUCAACUCUAGCUUCUUCUACUCUAGCGCGGAGCAGCGUGAGAAGCUGGUUGAGAGUGAACGCCGCUUCGUCGACGCCAAAUUGAAGAAGAUUGUCGACUUAAAGAAGGAAGUCUGCGGGAACGACCCCAAGAAGGGCUUCGUCAUCGUGAACCAGAAGGGUAUCGACCCCCUUUCGCUAGACGUACUGGCCAAGAACGGAAUCUUUGCUCUGCGAAGAGCUAAGAGGAGAAACAUGGAGAGAUUACAACUGAUCUGCGGUGGUAUUGCGCAGAACAGUGUUGAGGAUCUAUCCCCUGAUAUCCUCGGUUGGGCUGGUUUGGUAUACGAGCAGCAGCUGGGCGAGGAGAAAUACACGUUCAUCGAGGAAGUGAAGGACCCGAAGUCUGUCACUUUGAUGAUCAAGGGUCCGAAUGCCCACACCAUCACACAAAUCACAGACGCGGUUCGGGAUGGCCUGCGAAGCGUGUACAAUAUGAUUGUGGAUAAGAGUGUCGUCCCCGGCGGCGGCGCUUUCCAGGUUGCCUGUGCUGCUCACCUGAAGAGCGAUGCCUUCAAGAAGACGGUGAAGGGCAAGGCCAAGUGGGGUGUCGACGCGUUCGCAGAUGCGCUCCUAAUUAUCCCCAAGACGCUUGCUGCGAAUGCGGGCCACGAUAUCCAAGACGCACUUGCCUCGCUCCAAGACGAGCACGCGGACGGUAACAUCGUUGGAUUGGAUUUAGUCCUCGGUCAACCCAUGGACCCUACGCUGGAGGGUGUCUACGACUCAUUCAGAGUACUAAGAAACUGCGUCGCUUCCUCAUCGAGUAUCGCGUCCAAUCUCCUACUUUGCGACGAGAUGCUCAAGGCUCGCCAAAUGGGCCGACAAGGUCCCGGCCCGGACGGUGCUGAGGAAUAG